AUGGCACCAAAACUUAGUAAUAUACGAAAAAAUAAUCCCGAAAAAGAAAAUCAAGCACAGUUUGUUUUGAUUCGCGAUGAAACAUCGCAAGUGCUCAUUCUUGCUGAUUCGAAGAAAGCGUUAUCGGCGAAGAAAGGUGUUCAGUUAGCACCAGGUAUUACCGUAUCGUGGCAAGAUGAUAAUCGAAAUCGAUGGCGUGGGCCAGUGUUAGCCAUUGGGACAGAAGCACAUUGCUCGAAAAUCAUGUCAACGAUCGAGAGUACUUCAUCAAGUAACAAUACUGAAAUUUCAAGUUCAAAAAGAAAGGAGUCAUCCAAACCUCUUUCAUCAAUAACAGUUCAAUCACAAAAUACGCAAGAAGUUCUAGCCGAUGAAGAAAGUCUAGAGUCAUUAGAAGGUGGUUUCAUUGAUGAAGAGAUCGACAAACCGUCCGAGGACGAAAUCGUUGAUGAAGAAGAGAUUGAACAAGAAGGAUUUGACGAAGAGAAUGAAGAGGAAAAUUCGUCAGUAGUCCAAACAGCCGACAAGCCCACAGGCACAAAACGAUCACUGGAAGAAUUAGUGUCGAAUCCAAUGAAAAAGCAGAAGAUACCUUCUAGUACGUUGACCGUUCCAUAUGCGACAUACUCGAAGAUGGAACAAAAAUGUUUGGCUUUGGAAGCUCAAGUUGCUCGAUACGAGCAAGAAUGGAUGCCCCGUCCGAAGGACCCGCGGGUUAUUCAAUACUUAAUGGAGAUCACGGACAUUCUUCGUGGAAUCCAUAAUAGUGAUGACAAUGAAGACAUGGAAACGUUAUUAGAGAUGAUAACAAAUGAAUUAGGUAUGACUGAAGAAGAUCUGUCAACGUGUCAUCGUAAGUCUGCCACAGCAACGGCUCGUCAGAUUAUGAAACAUCUUUUUCCUAUUCCAUCUGCCGAAUCUAAAUUACGAUUGAAAAACAAGCCUUUCCGAAAUGCUGUCAUCAAGUACACGAGAUUGUCUAAUCCGUCUGAUCCCACUGCCGACGUUGAAAUUCGACAUGCAAUGGGCAACUAUUUCGCCGCAUUUGAAUAUAAGAAUCGUUAUGCUCUAAAUCGUUAUCAUGGUUUCUCAACAAGAAUAAAUGGAGCAAUGGCUAGUGAAAUGCAAGUGCAAGAUAUAAUCCGCGAGACGAAAGAUGACUCUCAUAUGGAAGUUUCGUCGAAUGUUGAUGAUGAAGUGGAUAUGAGCGAUCCUUUCGAUAUGGAUGGACUGGAUCCAGACAUCGAUGUGUAUGACAGGCUACAGGAAGAUAGAAGUUCAACAAAACGUUCUUGUUCAAUGAAAGACAUCGCUGCUACUUUGGUUUUAUUCAAACAUCGUCAUAAUCUUUCUAUUGAAUGCAUAUCAGACAUAUUGUUGCUGUUAACUCUUUUCGGUGUUGAUAAUGUACCAAGUUCAUGGUAUCAAUUGAAAGAACAACUCACUCCGAUCAAACCAUCACGUACUUAUUUUACACCAUGUGAAUCAUGCAUGUCAGCGUCGACAAAUGCAUCAAAAUGUUCUAAGUGUGGACUAGACAUACCAACUUAUAGUUAUGCAAAAACUUUCAUUAACUUUUCAAUCACGAAUCAGCUAGAGAUUAUAUUGAAUAAUAACAAUAUAUUUAAUCUCUUUUCAUCAUGUACAAGUGAUUUAAUCACUGAUAUUAGAUACGGUGAUGUUUAUACGCAAUUGAAGAGAGCGUGUCAUGAUCGUUUUCUCACAUUUACUAUGAACAUUGAUGGCGUUGAAGUAAAAAAGAAAACAAACAAGUCGAUAUGGCCGAUUUUGUUAGUGAUAAACGAACUUCCACUUGAUCAACGUUAUAAUUUGGAAAAUAUUAUCAUAGCUGGUGUGUGGCUAGCACCGCAUAAACCUUCUCGGUUAGACAUGAAAUGCUUACUGUCACCUGUCGUUGAAGAAUUACGUUUGCUGGAGAAUGGUUAUAUAUUCCAAGAUUAUCGACAUUUUCCCAAUAAUCCAAACAUCAUAAUGAGAGUUUUCUUAAUCGCUGCAUGCUGUGAUAAGCCUGCGCAGGCUUUGAUACAAAAUAUACCAGAACCUAUUGCGAGCUUCGGUUGUGGCCGUUGCGAAAUUCAAGGUAAAAAUGACUAUUCAAAUCGCUUUUUUGGUUAA